AAGAAAGAGAAAAGGGAAAGGGGAAGAGCAAUAAGAUGCUCUUCCCCGUCCACCUAAUUCGGGGGCGGGAGCAACGGCUUUCUCGUUUUAUCCCCCACAUUCGUACCCACCCAUUGAAAAACCCCCCAUCAGCAUCCAACAAACCCUAACUACCCCCCGAAUCCCCUCCGAUCUCCGCCUCAGAUCCAAUCGCCCCCGCCGCCGCGGCGCCACGACCGCGAUCGGGAUGGGGAGUUGCCUGAGCGUGACCGUGGCCCGCGACCGCUGCUACACCCGCGCGUUCCGGGCGGCGGGGCUCCGGGCGACGGACGUGACCCUCGGCGACGGCGCCACCGUCCACAUCUGGGUCCCGCGCCUCCCGGACCGCUCCCGCCCCGCCCUCGUCCUCCUCCACGGCUUCGGCGCCACCGCCACGUGGCAGUGGGCCCCCUACCUCGGCCCCCUCCUCCGCGCCGGGUUCGACCUCUACGUCCCCGACCUCCUCUUCUUCGGCGGCUCCUCCGCGCCGGGGCCCGACCGGUCGGAGUCGUACCAGGCGCGGUGCGUGGUGGGGGCCCUGGACGCGGUCGGGGUGGGCCGGUUCGGCCUGGUCGGGGUCAGCUACGGCGGGUUCGUGGGGUACCGGGUCGCGGCCCUGUACCCGGGCGCGGUGGAGCGGGUGGUGCUGAUAUGCGCCGGGGUGUGCCUCGAGGAGCGCGACCUCGCGGCGGGGCUCUUCGUGGUGUCCGACGUGGCGGACGCCGCGGGGAUCCUGCUGCCGCAGCGCCCGGAGAAGCUGCGCCAGCUCGUGCGGCUCACCUUCUGCAGGCCGCCACGUGUCAUGCCCACCUGCUUCAUCCGCGACUACAUCCAGGUUAUGUGCAGAGACUACGUGAAAGAGAAAACUGAGCUACUACAUGCCUUGAUACAUGAUAGAAAACUUCCUGAUCUACCCAGAAUUACCCAGCCAACCUUGAUAAUAUGGGGCGAGCAGGACCGAGUGUUUCCUCUAGAACUAGCUCAUCGAUUGAAAAGGUAUUUAGAUGAGAAUUGUCAGAUGGUAGUUAUCAAGAACGCUGGGCACGCGGUUAAUCUUGAAAAGCCUAAGGAAGUUUGCAAGCAUAUACUCGCAUUCUUUCUUGAUUCCGGCUCCCCAGAUAUCUACAACGGGCACAUGGUAUAAUGGAUUGAUGUUUAAGAACACUUUCAAUGAAUUUGUACCAGACAAGCAUCGCUCAGAUAACUGAGAUACAAUAUUUGUUCCGAUAGAUUGUUGAAGAGUAUUAUUCAUCUCAAAAUAUUCAUUUUCAAAAAGAUUUGAAUCGGGAAAUGCAUCGACGAAAGUUGCUAUGGACUGCAGAUGCCUCCUUACCGCAGGCUCCAGCUGCAAAUUUUAUGUGAUUUAUUUAUGCAUGAAAUUUGAGUUUCAGACUUUCACGAUGAUUUUGUAUGCAGAUUAUCUGAGGGAGAUCACUCAGCUCGCCUACGUAUCAGUUUAUAUUUCGACUACUCUUAUGUUUUGGUUUUGUGCUUUGUCUAGCUUUAUGUUUUGGUUUUGUGUGCAUCAGAAGGAGGUAAGUAAAUUUGCUGCUGCUAAACUCAUCAACAGCUUUCAUUGA